CACCGGAAGCGCAGCCCGCGGGGAAGCCCCCCGGAGGCCCACAGGUCGCAGUCCAGGAGGAGGCGCCGGUCCUCGGGGAAAAGGAGCAGGUCGCCGCCGCCGCCGGCCCGGGAGAAGCGGAACCGGAGUCCGCGCCACGCGGGCGCCAGGAUCAAGCAGGAGCGAGAGGAUCACUCCCGGAGGGGACGUGAAGAGCGGCAGAAUCAAGAUCGAUCGGAGCUUGAACACAGGCAGGGAAAAAGCAGCAACAGAGAGAGGCACCGGGAUCGUUCAGGUCGAAGGAAGCUCAGUAAGGAUCAGGCUGAGAGCCGUGGAAGGGAACAGGACGCCCAUCGUCUCCUGGAUCAGCAGGCGGAAAGGGAACUCUACAAUGAGCGGCGGCGGCAUCAUCGUCAGCAAAUGGAAGCAAGUGGAGAUGAGGAAAAUAGUGAGGCAAGAGGGCCCAGCAACAAGAACAAAGACAAGGAGUCAAGUAGUAAGGAAAAACCAAGCUUUGAACUGUCUGGUGCUCUUUUGGAGGAUUCCAAUACUUUUCGUGGCGUCGUGAUCAAAUACACCGAACCCCCAGAAGCACGCAUUCCCAAAAAGCGGUGGCGCUUAUAUCCUUUCAAGAAUGAUGAGGUUCUUCCUGUUAUGUACAUUCACCGGCAGAGCGCUUAUCUGCUGGGGAGGCACCGACGCAUUGCUGAUAUCCCUAUUGACCAUCCCUCGUGCUCUAAACAACAUGCUGUCUUUCAGUAUCGGCUUGUGGAGUACACCCGUCCUGAUGGCACAGUGGGUCGGAAAGUAAAACCAUACAUCAUCGACCUCGGCUCAGGCAAUGGCACUUUUCUGAAUAACCAGCGCAUUGAACCUCAGCGCUAUUAUGAACUAAAAGAGAAGGAUGUGCUGAAAUUUGGGUUCAGCAGCAGGGAAUACGUCCUCCUUCACGAGUCCUCGGACGCCACAGAGGACGAUCAGAAGACCGAAGAGGAGGAGGAAGAAUCCGCCUGACCGCAGCCGGCCAGCGGGCAGAGUACGCCGAGAUGCUUCACGCGGAUACGGGAGCGUCGCUCUCAUGCCUCUCACUGCCUUAACAUCUGCUGUCCGGCUGGACACUGCUCAAGGGGACGUUGGUCCUUAUGGUAAUCGGCUGGUCAACCCAAUUUUUGCUUUGGGGGUGAUUUUUUUAAAGUCAAGCCUGUUGGAUGCCUUACGGGCAUAACAGAAUUUUUUCCAGUGCAUGUUUCGUGAUAAAAUAAAGCCUGACGUAGUAAACCAUCCUGAACCAGCAAGGCCGUUUACCGUUAACAAACCCUUCUGGCUUUUUCCUUUUUUAUUCCCUCUUGCAAUUUGUUUAAAAAUAGAUGCCUUUUCCAGUUAAGCGAAUACAAAACCCGUCUGCGUCCUUGGUGUAUCUCCUCGCUUCCGCUCUCGACGAAGCCUUGCGCGCCCCUUCGGAGGCCGCGAGACCCCCUGUCGCCCCGGGGGGCCCUCUGCGUGUGCCGCCCCGGGGCCCCCGAGG